UCACUUACCAAUCAACGCCUGCAUCUCCGUCGUCAGGUCGCGCAGGCUCACCAAGUGGUAGACCUCCCCCUCUGCCCGCAUGAGCUUGCCAAGUGCAUCGGCGAGCUCGAAAAGGCCGAGGCCGUGUCCCCGAGAAAGCGAGGAAACGAUCGCUUCCCUCAGGGACAUGGCCUCGACCUGUCCAGGUGGUGCUGGCCUCCCUGGGCCCUCGCCCCCCUUGUGGCGAUCCCUGAUAGCCAUGCAUACAGAAGUGCCAUGGUGGGUCACACCCACUUGGACAAGCCUUCUGUCACCUGUCGCCGGUGCUGUCCCUUUUGGUUGGCGCACGCGAUGAGCUCGACGGCACCGAGGGCGGCUUCGUCCCUGCGGAGCCUGCACAGAAACCACACAGAAACAUAGAAUGCGACGACCUGGUCAUUCAUAAGUCGCGUGUGUCUGUGAGGUGCCCGUGAGGGUGCUUGGGUGUGUUGGUAUACAGACUUGACGAGGACGCCGCGCCACUUGAGGAGCUGCCACCGAGCUGGUUGGCCCUGAUAGCCAUUCACGUGUUAAGGUGAGCCACGCAUCUUAUUCCUAUCUGUCUUACCUCAGGAAGAGGUUGAGCAGCCUCUGCAGGAACUCCAGGCGAAUGUCGUCUGGGAGCUCCGUCAGGUACUGCUCGUCCGCCCCAGCAAAGGACAGCACCUCCCUCUCUGAGACGCCCAGCGAUCAAGCAAUGGCGCUGAGCAGGUCCGACUGGAACGGCAAGGGCUCGUCCAGGUAGGCAUCAUCCUCACCCUCUCCGCCGGCAGGACUCUCUUCGGCGGCUUCCUGACUCUCGGCGGGGGGCUGCGACUGCUCCUCUCCCUGCUGUGGUGCUUCUUGGUGGCGGCUGGUCGCGCUGCUCUGACGCGGAAGACGGCGACUGAGAUGCAGGUGCUGCUGGUGGUGGUGGUGCUGGUGCUGGUGGUGGGCGCGGUACCGUCACGUCGGGUGGCGCAAAGGGUGGAGGCGCCGCAGAAGCGUCCUGUUGGGCCUCGCCUUCGCCCGUUGACCUCCCUGCCUGGCCGACAGCAGUGGGGCUGUGUUGGACAAAGUUGAGAUCCAGCCGCACCUGUGGGGGCUGCUCCUGCGGCACCGGGCCAGGCGAGGGAGGAGCUGCCGACUGCAUCGAUAAUGUCAGGGAGGCGACGAGGCUGUCGAAGAGGUGCUGAGUGUCUUCAAGUUGGUGGAUGGGCGAUGGGAGAGUGAAGGCAGGCGGCUCCUCUUCACCGGUCGGCUGGCUUGCCUCGGCCUCGCUGGGCUCCUGUUGUAACGACUGGCCCUCUCCCUCCCCCUCCCCUGUGGCCUCCUCUCUGCCUGUGACCUCCGUGUCUUCCGCAGCGGCCACCAU